CUCUUUUCCAAAGAAGAGAAAGUCGUAUGUGUGGGCUCCAAAUGUUUAUUUUGGUCUUUCUCAUUUUCUUCUGUUGCGAAACAAGUAAAGGUUUUUUGCACUAAACUUAAUGAUAAAUUAAGGGCAGAGGUAUGUUGAUGAUCUGAGCAGAGCAACCAAUCUGCCUUUUAAUUAAGAUGAACGUACCUUAGGAUUCAGAAGUCGAGGAGACCAGGGUUUUAGGGUUCUUCCAUUUUUACAAUCUGGAGAGGAGACGAGAGUCGGAGAAAGAUCAAAAUGGGUAAAAAAUCACACUUUCUAGCGGCGUUUCUGCUCUCGUUUGCUCUGAUUUCACUCUCCGAUGCUGCGUACGAUUCAAUCGUUUCCUUUCCCCAAACUGCACCUCCUUCCUUCCGUAUCAACUCCACAGCUCAACCCUAUCACUCCCUGAGUACGGAAAGCUGUGAUUUCUCAGUGACCAUUGUCACAAGCUGUUCUUCUCCUUCACCAACAAGAGAUCAGGUCAGCAUUACCUUUGGCGAUGCUUAUGGAAAUCAGGUCUAUGCGCCAAGGCUACAUGACCCAUUUACGAGGACAUUUGAGCGGUGCUCAUCGGAUACGUACCAGGUAUACGGUCCGUGUACGCAUCAGAUAUGCUACUUGUACAUAUACAGGAGCGGUUAUGACGGGUGGAUACCGCGUGAUAUUAUGGUCUCUGGGGCCAAUACUAUGGAAGUGACAUUCCGCUACAAAGACGUGCCUAUACCAGCUGACAUUUGGUAUGGGUUUGACUACUGCUCUUCUGGUGGUGCGGUUGUUAAGGCUAAGAGCAUUUUGGUUUCGGUUUUAGUUUCGGUUUUGGUGCACACGAUUGGGGGAGGCGGACCGGUUCGCCCCGGAUCACUUCUUUGAUUAUAUAUGAGCUCCUGAACUCGUUUGGAAUGUGUCAUAUAUGGACUAUUGUUACUAAUUGAAAUGAUGAUGUAAUUACUAUCAUUGCAUGUUACUCUCAAAUACCAUCCUUUUGAAUUCUAAGAUAUUUACUGGGAUUAACUAUUCACUCAAGUAUGAAUUCAUGUAGAUACAUACUUGGAAAUGUUCUCUUGAACUGAGCUUUUCUGAUAUGAUCUUUGCCGAAUUGUUCUAAAUUUGGAUGAUCCGAUUUUAUCUAGAAUUACUUUAUACGUAGUAUGUAGC